AUGAAAGACAUUUUGGUGAAGCUCAUCCUGGCGAAAGGUCCACCCGCCAAACGUUCCUACGCCAAACGUUCCUACGCGAUAGGGAGCGGCGUGAUAAGUAACGGUGUGAUAAGUAACGGUGUGAUAAGUAACGGAGUGAUAAGGAGCAGUACGAUAGGGCGUGGUGCUAUUCCCCCCUGCUUCAGUCCCUCCUCGCGCACCAAUGCCCGGUGCAAACAUAUCCAUAGCCACGCGGACGCCCCCCCCUGCGGUGAAGACAACUCCAGCUCCAUAAUAAACUACAAAAUGGUUCUAGGCUUGAAAAAAAUAGAAAUAAGUAACCUGUCAUCCAUGUGCAGGGAUUUCCACAAUAUCUUCCGAAUUGACAAACAACAAUUGGUAAAGUACACAAAUGAUAUUCUACCCUUUGUGAAGUACCUGAGGACAAGUGAAAUAGUCAUGAUUUUACACCACUACGCUUUUAUAUGUUACCACAAUGUACAUUUCUACGACAAUGUGUGGAGCCAAGUGAUAAAUAGACUGCAUGAUAUUGACUGUAAGGAACUGGCCCUGAUAGUAUACAGCAUGGGUAAGAUAAAGUACACAAAUAAACAUAUGCUUUCCUUCUUCGAAAAGGAAAUAAAAAAAUGGAUGAAUAAAUUUACAGGAAGAGAUUGUUCUUUAAUAUUGAAAGGAUUGAAAUGCUUAAAUUAUAAUAAUGAAGAAAUUUAUUCACUUAUUUAUAACCGUAUUUUGGCCAUCUCAGAUAGUUUAAACAUUUUAGAUAUUUGUAUCAUUUUGAAUACGCACUGUAAAAGUAAGAAUAUCAAUUUGAAUUUGUUUGAAACACUCCUGGAUAAAUCCCUAACCUUUUAUUCUGUUCUAAAUGAGCAGUGUAUCGGCUCGCUACUAUGGAGUGUCAGUCAUGCUAACAUUAAAGCGGAGAAAUAUUUUGCCCUGUUGGGUUUGAGGUUGCGCAUGCUCAUGCAUGAGAAGUUUGUGAAGGAAGGAAAGCUUCCAUCAAAUGAUCCCUUUGAAGAAGAUAUCCCUCGAGGGGGGAAAAACUGUGGAGAAAAUAAAUCAACAAACGAAUCGAAAAAGGAAUGUCCGAAAGAAGGAAUUCACCAACUGAAUGGCGCACCCACAUCUGAUAGCAUAAAAAAUGAAGAUAAAGAAAUGAUAAAAAAUGAAUGUAUAGAUGAUUUGAAUUAUGACCUUUACGAAAAUAACAGUGGAUCGGAUGGUGGAAAGGAAUCAAGUGAUAUGUCCGAUGAUAUAGACAAUUGGAAUUUCCGACUGAGUUCCAACACGUUGUGUAAAUAUGAAAAUGUUAUACCUUCCAUUAUCUAUUCAUACGGGAAGCAGAAAACUUAUAUGAAGCACAAUAUAUAUGUGGACCGAAAUUUAUAUAAUCACAUUAUUAACAAUUACAAUGUUGAACAUAGCAUUAAUCUGAGCCCGCAGGAAAGUGUGUACCUUUUUGAUAUAUCAAGAAGAAUUUUAAAAGAUAAAAAUAUUUUUACUAAUCCAAAUGAAGGUCAGAAGAAAAAUAAAUUAAGAAAAUAUCAGAUUAAAAAAUAUUAUCAAGAUAUUAUUUAUAUAGUAAAUAAUUACCUUCCCUUUUUUCUAUGCAACAUACAUUACAAUGAUUUAAAAAAUCUCCUUUUUGGGAUUGCCAAAAUUGAAAUGCCUGUGAAUAAAAAAUUACUUAACGAUAUAUUCGAAUUAAUUGUUCAGUAUGUAAAAUCUGAUUUGUACAAAAAUUAUGAACUUAUUAAUUUAUCGAGAUCCUUAUCUUUGUUGCCUCACGUCAAGACAGACUUAUGGCAUUGCAUCAUCGAUUGUUACAAAAAGAAUUUCCUACAAAAUACCAGCGUGAAGAAUAACUGUUACAUGUUUUAUAUAUUCUCCUUCAUUUGGAAGGGUUUGGCUAGCACAAAAUUUCAGGACCACCUAAUUAUUUAUAUACUUGAAAAAAAUUUUAAUCUGAGCAAAGAGGAUGUCAUACACGUCGUUAAAGGGUUGAUUAAUCUUAAUUAUUACCAUCAAGAGUUGGUAAAAAAUUUAACUAAUUAUGUGAUAAACAAUUACGAAUCUUUUAACCUCAUCGACAUAAUAUACAUUUUAAAGUACUUCACGGCCAUGCACCUACGGGACGAAACUGUUUUUAAUCUCUUUGCACACACAAUCAAGAAAAACAACACUCGCUGUAAUUAUGCGCUCAUUUCGACCAUUGCUUCUUUCUACUUGGAGAUGGAUAUAACUCCCAAAGCAAUUGAAGAUAUCUUACUGCAGGAGAGGAUGAGCAAGGAAAAGAAUUUCACCACGGAGGAGAUUCACUGUGAUGAGGAAUAA